AUGGAAAAUGGCUCUCAAAGCUACACCUGCGUAGUUACAGAGGCAAAUUCGGUAGACGAUCACCACGUCGAUUGUGGCUUCCUUGACUGGAGCGACUCCGAUGAUGAGUUGUUUCUCGCCUCCUGCGUUGAGGAGUGCCUGCUGACGCCGUUCUCGUGUUUCACCGAGAAGGAUUUGCCGGGCGUCCUCGAUGCUCCCGCUUCGCGCGGCGGCUCCGCGUGUGCGAGCCCUGAGGACGCGCCUCCGAAGGAGCUGCGGCUGGAAGGCCCCGGGGUCUUGCGGGGAGUUCGUAUUCCCUCGCCAAGGCAGAAAAAGGAGGCACGCACAUGCCGGGGGAAAGAGAGCGGCAAGGCGAAGAACGCCCCACUGGAGCCCAAAAAGAAAGAGAAGCCGACCAAGUCGUCGGCUAAUCAACCUCGUCGUGUGCGCAUCAACAGAGGUAUGAAGGCUCUUUCACCGGAGGACCUCCUAGACGAUGACGACUAUCGUCGCUAG